CCCCAUUCUCCCGCUUUCCAUCACCCCGCCCCAUUCUCCCGCUUUCCAUCACUCAGCCCCAUUCUCCCGCUUUCCAUGACCCCGCCCCAUUCUCCCGCUUUCCAUCACCCCGCCCCGUUCUCCCGCUCUCCAUCACCCCGCCCCAUUCUCCCUCCUUCUAUCACCCUGCCCCAUUCUCCUGAUUUCCAUUGCCCCGCCCCAUUCUCCCGUUUUCCACCACCCCGCCCCAUUCUCCCUCUUUCCAUCACCCCGCCCCAUUCUACCGCUUUCCAUCACCCCGCCCCAUUCUCCCGCUUUCCAUCAACCGGCCCCAUUCUCCCACUUUCCAUCACCCCGCCCCGUUCUCCCGCUCUCCAUCACCCCGCCCCAUUCUCCCUCCUUCUAUCACCCCGCCCCUUUCUCCUGAUUUCCAUUGCCCCGCCCCAUUCUCCCGUUUUCCACCACCCCGCCCCAUUCUCCCUCCUUCCAUCACCCCGCCCCAUUCUCCCUCCUUCCAUCACCCCGCCCCAUUCUCCCUCCUUCCAUCACCCCACCGCAUUCUCCCGCAUUCCAUCACCCCGCCCCAUUCUACCGCUUUCCAUCACCCCGCUCCAUUCUCCCGCUUUCCAUCAACCGGCCCCAUUCUCCCUACUUCCAUCACCCCGCCCCAUUCUCCCGCUUUCCAUCACCCCGCCCCAUUCUCCCGCUUUCCACCACCCCGCCCCAUUCUCCCGCCUUCCACCACCCCGCCCCAUUCUCCCGCUUUCUGUCACCCCGCCCCAUUCUCCCGCUUUCUGUCACCCCGCCCCAUUCUCCCUCCUUCCAUCACCCCGCCCCAUUCUCUCUCCUUCCAUCACCCCCCGCCCCAUUCUCCCUCCUUCCAUCACCCUGCCCCAUUCUCCCUCCUUCCAUCACCCCACCGCAUUCUCCCGCAUUCCAUCACCCCGCCCCAUUCUACCGCUUUCCAUCACCCCGCUCCAUUCUCCCGCUUUCCAUCAACCGGCCCCAUUCUCCCUACUUCCAUCACCCCGCCCCAUUCUCCCGCUUUCCAUCACCCCGCCCCAUUCUCCCGCUUUCCACCACCCCGCCCCAUUCUCCCGCCUUCCACCACCCCGCCCCAUUCUCCCGCUUUUUGUCACCCCGCCCCAUUCUCCCGCUUUGUGUCACCCCGCCCCAUUCUCCCUCCUUCCAUCACCCCGCCCCAUUCUCUCUCCUUCCAUCACCCCACCCCUUUCUCCCUCCUUCCAUCACCCCGCCCCAUUUUCCCUCCUUCCAUCACCCCGCCCCAUUCUUUCGCUUCCCAUCACCCCGCCCCAUUCUCCCGCUUUCAAUCACCCUGCCCCAUUCUCCCUCCUUCCAUCACCCCGCCCCAUUCUCCCUCCCUCCAUCACCCCGCCCAAUUCUUCCGUCUUCCAUCACCCUGCCCCAUUCUCCCGUUUUCCAUCACCCCGCCCCAUUCUCCCACUUUCCAUCAACCCGCCCCAUUCUCCCUCCUUCCAUCACCCCGCCCCAUUCUCCCUCCCUCCAUCACCCCGCCCAAUUCUUCCGUCUUCCAUCACCCCGCCCCAUUCUCCCGUUUUCCAUCACCCCGCCCCAUUCUCCCACUUUCCAUCACCCCGCCCCAUUCUCCCGUUUUUAUUCACCCUCCCCCCCCCCAUUCUCCCGCUUUCCAUCGCCCUGCCCAAUUCUCCCCCUUUCCAUCACCCCGCCCCAUUCUCCCACUUUCCAUCACCCCGCCCCGUUCUCCUGCAUUCCAUCACCCCGCCCCAUUCUCCCGCUUUCCAUCACCCGGCCCCAUUCUCCCGCUUUCAAUCACCCCGCCCCAUUCUUCCGCUUUCCAUCACCGCGCCCCAUUCUCUCUCCUUCCAUCACCCCACCCCAUUCUCCCGCUUUCCACCACCCCGCCCCAUUCUCCCGCUUUCCACCACCCCGCCCCAUUCUCCCGCUUUCUGUCACCCCGCCCCAUUCUCCCUCCUUCCAUCACCCCGCCCCAUUCUCUCUCCUUCCAUCACCCCACCCCAUUCUCCCUCCUUCCAUCACCCCGCCUCAUUUUCCCUCCUUCCAUCACCCCGCCCCAUUCACCCGCUUUCCAUCACCCCGCCUCAUUCUCCCACUUUCCAUCACCCCGCCCCGUUCUCCCGCUUUCCAUCACCCCUCCCCAUUCUCCCGCUUUCCAUCACCCCGCCCCAUUCUCCCGCUUUCCAUCACCCCGCCCCAUUCUCCUGCUUUCAAUCACCCCGCCCCAUUCUCCCUCCUUCCAUCAUCCGCCCCUUUCUCCCGCUUUCCAUCAACCCGCCCCAUUCUCCCUCCUUCCAUCACCCCGCCCCAUUCUCCCUCCCUCCAUCACCCCGCCCCAUUCUUCCGUCUUCCAUCACCCCGCCCCAUUCUCCCGUUUUCCAUCACCCCGCCCCAUUCUCCCACUUUUCAUCACCCCGCCCCAUUCUCCCGUUUUUAUUCACCCCCCCCCUCCAUUCUCCCGCUUUCCAUCACCCCACCCAAUUCUCCCACUUUCCAUCACCCCGCCCCAUUCUCCCACUUUCCAUUACCCCGCCCCAUUCUCCCGCAUUUUAUCACCCUGCCCCAUUCUCCCGCUUUCCAUCACCCCGCCCCAUUCUCCCGCUUUCCAUCACCCUGCCCCAUUCUCCCGCUUUCCCUCACCCCACCCCAUUCUCCCUCCUUUCAUCAUCCGGCCCCAUUCUCCCACUUUCCAUCACCCCGCCCCAUUCUCCAUCCUUCCAUCGACCCGCCCCAUUCUCCCGCUUUCCAUCACCCCGCCCCAUUCUCCCGCUUUCCAUCACCCCGCCCCAUUCUCCCGCUUUCCAUCACCCCGCCCCAUUCUCCCGCUUUCAAUCACCCCGCCCCAUUCUCCCGCUUUCCACCACCCCGCCCCAUUCUCCCGCUUUCUUUUGA